UUAAAGUGAAACUGACUGGCAAUUUUCCAAAAGAAAAGCCGGAAAUCACUGUAGAAAGUGUAAUUUUAUUCUUAAGAGAUAAAUAAAAUGUCUUUCCUAGCCAAACAGUUCAGCAAAAGGGUGCUUUUACCAGCACUUUCUACAGUAAAGAAAGUGAAUCUUUCCACAACCAGUGUUGCCUGUACCCCGAAGGUUCAGAAGCCCGCUCCUGACUUUGCAGCAACAGCUGUGGUCAACGGAGAGUUCAAUAACCUCAAGCUGGCCGACUUUAGCGGGAAAUAUAUUGUCCUACUCUUCUACCCGUUGGAUUUCACAUUUGUCUGCCCCACGGAACUGAUCGCGUUCAGUGACCGAUCAAAAGAUUUCGCCAACAUCGGCUGCCAGGUCCUCGGAGUGUCCACAGACUCGGAGUUCAGCCAUCUUGCCUGGAUCAAUACGCCCAGGAAGGACGGCGGUUUGGGUAAACUAGACAUUCCUCUCCUGGCCGACUACAAUAAGAAGAUGUCCCAGGACUAUGAUGUUCUGUUGGACGGCGGUUUCGCGCUGCGUGGCCUCUUCGUGAUCGACAGGAACGGUAUCCUCCGUCACAUGUCCAUCAACGACUUGCCAGUCGGUCGCUCCGUCGAAGAAACACUGCGGCUGGUGAAGGCCUUCCAGUUCUCCGACAAACACGGAGAAGUGUGCCCAGCUAACUGGAACCCAGACACGAACUCUGACACAAUCAAACCGAGCCCGAAGGAAAGCAAGGAGUACUUCAACAAAGCUAACUAAAUAAUUCCGAAUUUUAUAGGCUGUAUUCAAUCUUGGGGGCAUUUAUAUUAGGUGCAUUUUUGCAUGGCAA